CCUACUUUCCACCACUUCGUUUAUCUGCCACCACCACCGCAGCUCCUGCUACCAAAUAUUCCACACCCCAGCUUUUCCUUGCCUGCUUCCUCCUCCUAGAUAUAAGUGUGAAGCAACUGAAAACUGGUUUAAGGCUUCUUCUGAACAUCUCCUCUCGUGAUCUACCUACUCUGCUAGCUCCCUUAAUUGUUUCUCUGUUUUUAAGCUAAUAUUUUCUUCUGAAUACACAAAAGCAAUGGAACAGAAUUUCCACAAAGAUCACCUGGCCUGCAAACACUGCGACAAAAAACUGAUAGCUUGUAGAUAUAUCUUAAAAGAUGAGAAUCCCUACUGUAUACCUUGUUAUCAAGAAUUGUUUGCCCACAACUGUUAUGUUUGUAGAAAACCAGUAGGACCUGACUAUAAGGUAAGAGGAAAAUUUACACAAAGUUUAAACUUUUCUAUUUUCUUUCUGUUAAUUGAUAUAUUUAUUUAUUUAAAUUUUGUAGGAAUGAAGAAAUUUGAAUACAAAAAUACUCAAUGGCAUGAAGAAUGUUUCUUGUGCAAUGUCUGCAAAGAGGCCAUUAAAAACAAGAGCUUCAUUCCUCGUGGUGAUGAAGUUGUCUGUAUCCCCUGUUUCGAAAAUAAGUAUGCUCAGAAAUGUGCUAAAUGCAACGGUGUGCUAACCAAAGGUGGUGUUGCAUACAAGGACAUCCCAUGGCAUCGCGAAUGCUUCACUUGCUCAAAAUGCAACAAAAAUCUAGCCGGAGAGAAAUUCACAUCACGUGAGGAAAAGCCGUAUUGUGCUGAUUGCUAUGGUGACUUGUUUGCUAAGAAGUGCUGCAUUUGCUCAAAGGCUAUUAUGGGCUUUGGUGGCACCAAGUUCAUCUCUUUUGAAGACCGUCACUGGCACAGCGACUGCUUCAACUGCAACAAGUGCAAAACAUCUAUGGUUGGCAAGGGUUUCCUUAUGAAUGAGGGAGACAUUGUGUGCCCUCCAUGUGGACGCAACUAAGACCUAUAUCUUGGGUUACUUUACAAGUCUCUUAAAGUCUUUAAAUCUGUCCCUUGGACUUGAUGAAAGUCACCAACAGCAAAAAAAAAAAAAAAAUUUUUUAACCCUAAACGAGUAUGUAAUAAAUAUGGUUUAUCCAUUAGAAUAAUUUAGAUCUAUGAUUAUUUAUUAAAGUUUAAUUGUAAUUUACCCACCGCCUUCUUUUCUA